AUGGAGGAAAACGUAGUAGAGGAAGACCAACUGACAGCCGAAGAGGUCGUGUUCGUCUCUGUGAUCGGCAUAGCUCUGGCCGUGUCCGUUGUGUGCAACAUUCUUGUUCUGAUUGUGAUGCUGCGCACCCCGAAGAUGAUGAACCCGACCAACAUUUUUAUCUGCAAUCUCACCAUCAGCGACAUCUUGCUGUCGGGCAUCGUUAUCCCACAGAAUAUUCAUGACGUGUCUCAUGCUUCCACGGAUUAUUAUGAAGGUGAUUUCCUGUGUCGAGUGGUCAACUUCUGCCCUCUGAUGUGCAUCAUGGCGUCUAUCUACUCCAUGGUCGCCAUCUCGUUCGAGCGAAAGCGUGCUAUCAUCGUGUCCACGGCCGCCCGGCCCACCAUCCUUGUGGCUCUCAAGAUCAUUCCCGCAAUCUGGGGACUCUCCUUUGUCUUCUGCAUUCCUACCAUGUACGAGUACUCAGCCUUCCAAGAGCCACUGGAGAAUGGCACGAGCAUCACUCGCUGUGGGAGUAACGGAGUGUCGUGGACAUAUACUGUGCUCAACGGCGUGGCUCUCGUCAUGUUGGCCUAUAUAGUGCCGCUCACGCUACUGUUGCUGAACUACGGCAGCAUCCUGUGGUUCUUCCACGGUCGCGGUGUGUUUGGCCACGCCCAUGUGACCGACGCCGCCCUGGUCCAGGCCCAGGCUCUCUACAAGGGCCGCAUGAACGUGGUCAAAAUGUUGAUCCUGGUGGCCCUGCUCUUUGCUCUCUCCUGGCUGCCGUACUUCGCUCUCCUACUGCUGGAGAAAGUAACUGGCAAAAGCGACGUAUCGGACAUCGGGCCCAUCUUCAUGCUAAAAAUAGUCCUGUCUGUAUUCAGCACAGCGUACAACUUCCUCUUGUACGUCGUCUACAACCGGAACUUCCGAGCCGGGUUCAAGGCCUUGUUCACCUGUCGACGUCAUCAGACCAGGAAGAACGUGGUGACGCCGGCUGAUGAGGGCCAGUCUCCGUUCCCACAGGGCGGGAACUGUGGCGGUCCCAUGGCGCACAAUGUCACUGCGUCACUGUCCUUACAGGCGAGAGAGCCUACUGUUUCUUAG